GGGAUGGAUAGUCUGCAAAAAUUACCCUGGCACAACAAACUACAAAGUUAAGAUUUCGCUUGAAUCUGCAACUCAGCUGCCAUGAAAAAAAGUUUUGUUUUUAAAGAAACUUACUUUUUGAGCUGCAAUAUAUCCCGUCUGUCCCCCAGAACCUAUCCGAGUGUGUCAUUGGUGACUCUUCUCGCUGCACUUGCAGGUAUACACACCCGGCCCAGAAGAACGCCAUUUAAAAAUGUCGAGAAGUGUUCGCAAGUCGGCAAAAGUCUUGGAAGAGAAACAACUGUAAAUUCCAGAUGCUGCUGCAUCUGUCUAUCAACAAUGAGAUUGACAAUUCCCCUUCCAGUUCCCAGAUCCAGCCAUCUCACUCUAUAAGACACUGCAAGCUAUCAUCCCAAAUAUUUCUUUUACCUGUACGCCGUGCCUUGAAGUAUCAUCCAUUCACAUCUGGAAACAAUAGCUGCUUAGGAAGACAGUGUCGUCACCAUGCCCGGCAUCCCAUUGGAACUUGAUGAGACGUGGCCCACGGAAACGACCCAUACGCCGAGAGUAUCCAGCUCAUGUCAGACUCAACCUGUUGCGGAACAGCUUUCUAAAGCAUCACAGUCUGCCACCCCCUCCCAAACUUCGACAGAAAGCCCUCCCUCCCUGCCUUUGAUGUAUGAAAACCUUGUGAAACAUCAUCAAAUAUUUGACCAGAUCAUGAGCAACCGCGAUUCGUGUAUGGAGAUGCGGCAAGAUAGACACGAGCAACUUAAAACGGCCCUACGGAGCCUCGAUUGCCAUCUAUCAGAGAGUGGUACUAUUUUCAGACUCUGUUAUGCUGUCUAUGGAGCAAAAUGGCAUCUGGGGGUUCCGCUAAGCAUUGUUGCCCAUGGGCUUCUCGAGAAUCUGGCAGAAUAGCAAGACAGGAGCAGCAUGAAGUUAGUUUGACUGUUGUAUGUGUGAAUCGCCUUGACUAUUAAA